AUGCAGAAAAGAAGGAAGCCGGAGCCGAUCCAACUCAACCCGAUCCCGGAUGGAAACACUAUCAACGGCACCGGAGCCACGGAAACGAACUUGGAGGCUCUGCAGAAGAAACUCGAGGAACUUGAGUUGGACGAGCAGCAGCGGAAACGCCUGGAGGCCUUUCUGACACAGAAGCAGAAGGUGGGAGAGCUGAAGGACGAUGACUUCGAGAAGAUCUGUGAGCUGGGUGCAGGCAACGGAGGAGUCGUCUUCAAGGUCUCACACCGACCCUCCGGUCUGAUAAUGGCGAGGAAGCUGAUCCACCUGGAGAUCAAACCAGCCAUCAGGAACCAGAUCAUCAGGGAGCUGCAGGUGCUGCACGAGUGUAACUCCCCCUACAUCGUGGGCUUCUAUGGAGCUUUCUACAGCGAUGGAGAGAUCAGCAUCUGCAUGGAGAACAUGGACGGCGGCUCCUUGGACCAGUCGCUGAAGAAAGCAGGAAAUAUACCAGAGCAGAUCCUCGGCAAAGUCAGCAUCGCUGUGAUUAAAGGCCUUGCCUACCUGAGGGAGAAACACAAGAUCAUGCACAGAGAUGUCAAGCCUUCCAACAUCCUGGUGAACUCCCGCGGUGAGAUCAAGCUGUGUGACUUUGGAGUGAGCGGACAGCUCAUUGACUCCAUGGCCAACUCCUUUGUGGGCACUCGCUCUUACAUGUCUCCUGAGCGUUUACAGGGCACCCACUACUCUGUUCAGUCGGACAUCUGGAGCAUGGGUCUGUCCCUGGUGGAAAUGGCCAUCGGACGCUUCCCCAUCCCACCACCUGAUGCUAGGGAGCUGGAGCAGAUCUUUGGCCUCCUGAUGGAAGGAGAGCCAGCCUCCGGCGAGUCCUCACCAAAGCCCCAGCCUCCUGGGAGACCAGGCAGCUCAUACGGACCUGAGAGCAGGCCACCGAUGGCUAUAUUUGAGCUGCUGGAUUAUAUAGUCAAUGAGCCUCCACCAAAGCUGCCUGGGAUAUUCAGCCCUGAGUUUCAGGACUUUGUGAACAAAUGUUUGAUUAAAAACCCUGCAGAGAGGGCCGACCUCAAACACUUGACGGUGCAUCCCUUUAUCAAGCAGUCAGAGGCAGAGCAGGUGGACUUCGCCGGCUGGUUGUGCAGCACCAUCGGACUCAAUCAGCCCGUGACGCCCACCCAUGGCACAGCAAUGUGAUCAGCUUCGCCAUUUUCCAAGGUCCUCGAUUGACUGAAUUUGUAUCAUGGGUAAAUUGUAUGUUUAUAUUAAGUAUUCAAUUGGUUUAAGUUGUGUGAUCAGUAGUUCUAUAUUACGUGUACAAACCUACAUGCCAAGUGAAAUUAACUCUAAUGUGGGCGGUAUGGCAGGCCUGCCUGAAAAGCCAUCUUUUUAUCAAAUAUUUAACUGUUAAC